AUGGUUGCUACCACGUCGGGGUCCAGCGCGGGCCGAGAGGCGGCUAUCGGGUUUGCCGAGGAAAACGAUCGGCAAGAUGAGACUACGACUCUCCUUGGAUCUCACAAGUCCAAGAACACCGAUGUUCGCAUAUCGAGCACUUCAUAUGGUACAUCACCGGCAGACGCUGAUGAUCCCGACGAUGUGGAGGAGAAGCCUUUACCAAGAACCCAAGUUCUGUUGCUCUGCUAUGCCCGGGCGAUAGAGCCACUGGCAUUUUUCUCCAUCUUCCCGUAUGUCAGCCAAAUGGUCCAGGAUAACGGACAUGUUUCGGCCUCGGAUAUUGGUUUCUACUCGGGGCUCAUCGAAUCACUGUUCUCCCUGACACAGGCUAUUGUCAUGAUUUUCUGGGGAAAACUAGCCGACCGCAUUGGACGCAAACCUGUCCUGGUCUUCUCCUUGCUCGGUGUCACUGUAGCGACUGGCCUAUUUGGACUGGCCAAAUCGAUUCCACAGAUGAUUCUGUUCAGAUGCAUUGCUGGUGUCUUUGCCGGGACUAUUGUCACCAUCCGAACCAUGAUUGCCGAGCACAGCACGCCGAAGACCCAGGCGAGAGCAUUCAGCUGGUUUGCCUUUAGUGGAAACCUAGGUAUCUUCCUUGGGCCUCUGCUUGGUGGUGCCCUUGCCAACCCUGCAGUCCAGUACCCGGGGGUCUUUGGCGGAAUCCGUUUCUUCGAGGACUACCCCUACGCUCUCUCGAGUUGGGUGGUGGCGCUAGUAGGAGCUACUGCCGCCUUGUCUAGCGCCUUGUUCGUCGAUGAAACACUGAAGAAGGACCCAGCUGCCACUGACCGCGAUGGUGACGAGACUGCCUCGGAAGCGCCACCACAAAGCGGUAAUCCCUCUGCACGGCAGCUCUUGAAGGCUCCCGGGGUAAGCAUGGUCAUCUUCAUAUACGGACACAUCAUGACCCUCGCCUUUGCUUACACGGCCAUCGUCCCGGUCUUUUGGUACACCCCCGUUGAACUUGGAGGAUUUGGCUUCACGCCUAUGCAGAUUUCCCUGCUAAUGGGAUUGAACGGCGCCGCUCAAGCUGCAUGGCUGCUCCUCGUAUUCCCUCCAUUGCAGAAGAAGAUAGGAUCGAACGGAGUGAUUCGUCUUUGCGCCGCAGCCUAUCCCUGUUUCCUUCUGACCAUGCCCGUCGGUAAUAUGCUCCUACGGAUUGGAACUGAUGUAGCUGUCAAGUCAUUCUGGGUCUUUACACCGAUAGCGUUGGUCUUUGGUUGUGGUGUCAGUAUGUCCUUCACCGCGAUUCAGCUUGCCCUCAAUGAUGUGUCGCCUUCGCCACGGGUCCUAGGGUUACUGAACGCUCUGGCAUUGACUGGCAGCAGUUGUCUACGUGCUGUCUGCCCGGCCCUAUUUACCACCCUCUAUGCUUUGGGAGCGAGAACACAGCUGGCGGGAGGCAAUGCUAUCUGGAUAUUCCUAGCCCUCUUUGCCUCCGGUUUGUCGCUUGGCGCGAGAUACUUGCCGGAGCCCAAGCCGAUCCACAAUCGCCGGAGCCCCCAAUAA